GCAAAUCUGCAUUAGAUACUCCUCUUGACGUCAUCUAUCUGUUUCCCAUUACGAGACAACCUGUUAACUUUACGAACCUUGGGUCGGUACAACGUCGGUUGACAGUGGUUGCUGGAAAAAAAUCGACGCCGGUUGCCUUGGUGACAUAAGCAUUUUCAGGAAUCGCGUUCCGUAUAGACCGGUUUUUCAGGCACCAGAGUCCAGAGCAAGUCCAGAACAGAGAUUACGGAACUUGUAGCCGUAACCAAGGUUGGAAACGGAGCUCAGCCUUGUUAUAUUUAUAUUUUUUGACAGGCAAACAACAUUUUACAUUUUACGGAAUGGGAGUCUAUGAUUUUAUAAACUUCGUUGUGUACGAUAAUCCAAUAUCCAAGUCAGUAACGUCCAUGGUUAUUCAAAACAAAAAACCCUUGCCAGAUGUGAGGGUCGUAGCUGCUGAACAGUCGCCCCUUUGGAAACUAGCCAGCGAGGGUGGCCCCUUUAUUCGCAUAGCUGCUGUAAUGGGCGCCUCGGCAGUUGCCUUGGGCGCCUAUGGGGCCCACAGAUCCUACCCAAAAGAUGCGCCUGAACUCAAAAUGAUUUUCGAGACGGCUAAUAAGUAUCAUUUUUUCCAUACGUUAGCUUUGAUGGGUGUACCCAUGUGUAGGAACCCAAAACUUGCUGGUGCUUUCCUGAUAUCCGGAACAAUGAUAUUUUCCGGCGCCCUAUACUAUCACGCCUUGACUGGCGAAAACAAAUUUGGCCGAUUAGCACCAAUUGGCGGCACAAUGUUAAUUCUAGGAUGGCUCUCAAUGGUUGUUUAAAUAAAAUUGAAUUACGUUUCAGCAAGCAUUAUAAUAUUUUUAGGUGUUAAUGAACCCCGAUUUAUUGCUUAAACCUGUACCCAAGUUGUAGUUUACUUAACAUGAAACACAUAUAAUAAUUCGUGGACUGCUGGAUAUGUUUUGUCACAAAUUUAAUUUUCUAGUAAAUUAUCUGUGAUUUUUAUCUUUUAUUUUAUUAUUAAUUUGAGAUUACUAGUUUUAAAGGUUUAAUUAUUGUGUUUAAAAGAAGUAAAAAUGUAAUUAUAUAAUUCUGGGUUGGUAUUUAUUUACAGAAUUUAAACUAAAUAAUCUUCUCAUUGUUUUAUUGUUAAACUUAAUAUUAAUCAUAAUUUUUCAAUAAGGCCUAUCUCUCCUCUCGUAACGAUUACUAUAAUGCCUGUCUCGAUUGUAACCUUGCUGUUGUCGAUCGCCUCUAUCGUCCCAAUCUCUGCCCCGCUGGUUACCGUGCUCGUUAUGUCUGCUACCUCCAGCCCUGUUAUUGAAUCUGGACCUGGUGUACCAAGGAUACAUGAUAGGAGGCCGAGGAAUACCUUCCUGGUACACUUUUUUGUAAUCCUGAUCGGCCUCCGUGAAACGAUCGGAAAACUCCAGGUUGCACUCUUCUAGGAACUUUAACUGAUCUGGAUUAAGUGACAUUUUAUUAUUUUAGAAUGUACGGUUUUUGAGAUUCCAAAUUUAAAUGGGGGCUUGUACUUGUUUGUUUACAAAUAAAUUUUUGUUUGGGGUUU